UGCUCCCUCUCUACUCCCACUGCUCCCACUGCUUCCUUCCCACCCCUGAUUGCAACUCUACUGCCCAAAUAGCCAUCCUCCAACUCCAAGAACAUGGAACCUACUGUCCUUAUUUAACCGCCAAUUUUUCUUUCGUUGUGAUCGUUAUCAGCUGCCUGGUCGCCCAGCUAUUUGUUCUUGCCCAGAGUCGUCGGCGCCGCCGCCAUGUUCCUGACUCCCAAUCGCCGGUAUGUUACGCUUGCUGGCGCCGUCCUUUUCCUCGAAUGGACGUGGGUAUUCCUCGGCAGCCCUGGGCACAAGGACAUUCUAUCUUCCCUUCACUCUCAGCACAAAGAGAAUAAAGAUAUCUUCGACUACGGAUUUGUCCAGUCCACUGCGCUCAGGGACAUAUGCGACGCAGUAGAAUGGAACGACGAGUUGAUUUUCACAUGCGACAACAAUUCAGGCAGUGUCGCAGAUGUCAAGAACUCGAUCUUAAACUGCCUGCGAUUCACCAUCGCCGCAGGUGGGCGCCUCGUCACCCCACGCAUCAUCGUCUCCAACACCAGCGAGACCUCCUCAGUCGACUCCGCGACCCAACGGACAGACUUCAGUUCCAUGUUCGACCUCCAACACUUCCUCAUGUCCAUCCACCUCUCCUGUCCCCAACUCAACACCUACAAACACGUCGGCGACGUCCCCCCCCGAGCAUGGAAACACGACCCCUUGUCCCUGCGACCAGAAGACCUCCAGUCCCCGUUCCUCUCAUCCGGCAUCCCGCGUCCAGAGUCCUGGGGCGGCGAAUUCCACAACUGGCUAGACAACCAGACCACCACCCGCGAGCCCACCAGCGGCCUCACAGUCGUUAACCUCGCGCGCUCCCCCCCUGUAUACCCCGUCUCCAGCGACGAAGAACUCGCGCAUGAAUUUGGGAUGUUCCUGAAGGUCCAGCCGGAGGCGCGGAUACUCGCUACGUCGAUCUUUCACGCCCUGAUUCGCAAGCACAACAUCGACGUGGCGGACUCGAGUGCGAUAGCAAAAAAUGCCUAUGUAGGAGCAUAUCUAGGCUCCAACGACGCAGCGGCAGACACAAACCAUCCACCUACGACGCUCGCACAGCGCAUACUCAACGAAACCCUCGCUACCGAUCUCAAAGUGCUCUACCUCGCCUCCACCGACCCGUCUAGUGGUGAGGGACUCGCCGCCGACGCCUCCAAACUCGGAAUAUUCGUAGCCACGAAAUUCAAGCUCCUCCCAGCAUCGGAUGUGCCGGCAUUACAAGCGUUAUCGCCGGAGCAGCAGGCGCUGAUAGAUUACCUUGUCUUGGGGAGGGCGAGCCAGUUCAUGAGUGUAGGGGGUGAUGCCUUCGGAUGGAGCGUAGCGCUGGGAAGAGGGGGGAAGUGGAGGAGGGAGGGGGGCGAGGGGAUGGAGGGGGAGGUGAUGCGGGAUUCGCUGAGUCGGAUUUAUGGGAAGAAGGGGGAUGAUCAGUUUGCUAGUUGUUUGUGGCCUUGAGGGGAUUCGCGGGUGUAAAGGAAGUAGAACGGUUGUAAAUGUUAGCGUUUGGGAGCGGUUGGGUUUGUAUGAUACGUUAAUACAGGUAGGAAGGGUAAGAGGCAUUCGGGCUGUAAGGUUAUAUUGCAUUGGGAAGGGAGGGAGAGGGUUUUCUUCUAAUCGUACUCGGCGAGGUAGGUAUAAGAGAUAUCCACAAAUCUAUAAAUCUAUAAAUCU